GCUCCCGGAUAACGAAAUUGUUGGCAAAUGAGCAAGAAUAACCGACAGUUUCGAUUCGCAAAAUUUUGUGUACGUCUUUCACAGCAGAAAGAUACAAAAGGAAGGUUUCUUGAGGCAUGCUAAAUUCUCAGUGAUCACUCACAGCAACGAGCUUGCGCAGACUCUAGAUAUGUUUAAUUUGUGUAGGCAACUGAAGAUAUUGCGGCAGGAUCUAUUUUAAUAUCGGAGCCAGCCUUUGCAGCUGUUGUCAACGAUGAGUUUGAGAUGACUUGCUGUCAUCACUGCUUUGAGACUACAGCAGAAGAUUGGAUUGUGUGUGCUAAUUGUGGUUGGGUAAGAUUUUGUUCAUCAGAAUGUGAGAGGAGUGCGAACCGUCUAUACCACUUACUUGAGUGUAAACAUGCAGCUUUACUUUGUCAGGUGGAUAAGUGGGACAGAAGUAUUGUACUUGCCAUAAGAAUUCUUCUGGCUGCCAAACCUUAUGAAUUACUUGCAUCAACACAUGUGCAGUCUCAUUCAAGUUGUGACACAGAUCCAAUUCCAGACUGUGACAGUAGCGGAUGUUUCCAAAGUGACUAUUGCUCUGUAUACUCACUAAUGACACAUGACAAGAAACAGCCAGAUGUUGCUGCUUGUUACCAAAAAAUUGUCCAUCAACUGGCUGAUGCAUUUGUGAGUGAUAUCUUUAGGCCAAGAUUUGAUACAUGUAGGGAUACUGAGUUGUCAGAGAGCAGGACAACAUUCCAGCAGCUAAGCUUGUCAGAGGUUCAGGACAAAAAAGAUGUUGUGGAAAAACUGCUGCUGCACCACCUGAUGCAACUUCGGUGCAAUGUGCAUGCAAUAACCAAGAUUAUCAGUGAAGAGGAAUCAGGUGGUGGUAGGUCGGAAGUGAGUGGAAGUGUGGAGAGACAGAGACAGGUCAGAUUGGCAAUGGCUAUCUUUCCUACUGCCAGUCUUCUUAAUCAUUCUUGUGACCCAAAUACAGUUGUAAGUUAUGAGGGUAGGUGGAUCACAAUCCGAGCUGUUAGACAGAUUUCUAAAGGAGAUCAAAUUUGUCAUUGCUAUGGUCCUCAUGUUAAGCACAUGUCAUCUGAAAAGCGACAAAAGUUGUUGAAAGAACAAUACUUUUUUGAAUGUGACUGUUCAGCAUGUGUGAGUGAUUGCUCAAUUCGUAACGGAUUUCCAGAUGUUUUUCAGUGUCCUGAGUGUUCUGAAUCUUUGAAAGCUCUGGGUAAUGAUAGAGCAUUCUGUAAAGGGUGUAAGAUGUCUUUUGACAUGGCCUCUUCUCUGCAGGAUUGGAAACAAGCUGUUCACUUGUAUGACCAAGGCACAAAGUUGGUUGACACUGGCAAUCAUAAAGGGGCUCUCAAAUCUUUUCGUAAUUCCUUGAAGAUUUGUAGACGUUUGUUGCACGUUAGCAGCAAAACACUUGGCCAAACUCAUGACAGCAUUGCUGAAGUUUAUGCUUUGCUAGGCAACUUUGCCAAAGCAGCUAGCCAUUGUGCAGGCAGCUGUAAGACGGUUGAAGCACUCUAUGGCUCUGACAGUGUAGAGUUAGGAAAUGAACUGUUCAAGCUAUGUCAAUUGCAGUUUAACGCACGAAAACCUGUGGAAGUCUUGGAAACAAUUGGUCGAGCAAGGCACCUACUUUGUCUGUAUUAUGGCAGUACAGAUGAGCGUGUUGUGGAAUUGCAACAAAUGAGGGAGUUCUUGGCAGUUUGAAGGCACGCCCCAUAAGUGAACAGAAUAUUGGUGUCUGAUUUGUGCACAUUUGUUUAUACAGACCUUUUUGCUUAUUUUCUUUUGAUCAAACUGUGAGAAUCGAUUUUAUUUAUGAGAAUGUUGGGUUACUGAAAGUCCACAGCAGUGUGCAAAAAUGUUGUUGUUGUUGUUGAUA